GACAAAAAAUGGAAACACACCAGCAGUGUGAGGAGACCUGAAAGUGGCACAUGGCAGAGUGUGGCGAUGGAGAGACAGCAGCAAUGGGAGGCCGUACAGGGACCCAUGAGAGACUCUGGACUUGGCAGCAGCAUGAGGAGGCGGUAUAGGGGCCCAUGGCAGAUUAGGGGCCUGGCAGCAGCUAUGGAGGCCCGUAAUCUGCCAGCACCCUAUGACAAAAAAUGGAACACACCAGCAGUGUGAGGAGACCUGAAAGUGGCACAUGGCAGAGUGUGGCGAUGGAGACAGCAGCAAUGGGAGGCCGUCACAGGGACCCAUGAAGAGAACUCUGGACCUGGCAGCAGCAUGA